AUGAGAGACAAGUAUCAUCCGGAGGCGGAUUUUAUGAACUCAGAAUUGGGGAAAAGACCUUCGUAUGCUUGGAGGAGCAUUUCACAGGCAAAAUCGUUGUUAGAAGAAGGUCUAAUGUGGAGGGUUGGAAAUGGGGAGAAGAUCAAAAUUUGGAAAGAUAGGUGGAUCCCUACCUCUACUUAUCACAAAAUUCAAGACCCCGUUAGGGUUCUAUCCACAGAUGCUAAGGUUGCGGAAAUUAUUAAUCGGAGCACAAACUGGUGGGACAUACCUCUUAUUGAGCAAAUAUUCUCACAGGAGACGGUUGAUAAAAUUUGCAGCCUCUCGAUUUGCCCCAGAACCCAGGAGGAUAGACUUAUUUGGGCAAGUACGAAGUUGGGUUCUUUCUCAGUCCGUAGCGCCUAUCACUUGGAGAUGGAGCGCCGUGCUCGGAUUGCUGGGGAAUCGUCCUCGGCUUCUCAGUCCAACCCUUACUGGCAACACCUCUGGAAAAUUAAAGUCCCAAGAUUAGACUCGGAGGAGAUGGAGCUUGCUGUGAUUGUAGCCCACAAGAUUUGGCUGAGGAGAAAUCUGAUGGUUUUUGGGGGCUCUAUAUCGUCCCCCUCUAUUUUGGUGAAAGGUGCUAAAGAUUUGCUGGGAGAUUUUCGGAAAUCCUUCGAGGAGGUCCCAAAUCAGGAGAAUGAAAGCUCUAGAGCUAUUUCGCGGUGGAGCAAACCAGAUGCCGAAUUCAUCAAGUUAAAUUGGGACGCUGCCCUGGAUGUUUGGCAGAAUCGGAUGGGUGUGGGCAUUAUCGCUAGGGACGAGUUGGGCGAGGUGAGGGCAGCAUUAUGCACAGCGCUUCCUUACAUUCAGAAUCCUUCUGUGGCUGAAGCUUUUGGAGCGAGAAGGGCAGUGGAAUUUGCCAGAGAAAGGGGGUUUUCCUUUAUUGUUAUUGAAGGGGAUUCUCGUGAAGUGGUGCUAGCUUUGGGGAACUCAGGGGAUUGUUGUGUCUCUUACGGUGACUUAAUUUCGGACGCUCGGGCUCUGCUUUCCUCUUUCCUUCACUGGAAAAUUGCGCAUGUGGGGCGUGAGGGGAACAAAGCUGCGCACUGUUUAGCUAAACUUGCUGUCUCCCAGUUCAGUAGUAGAGUAUGGUUAGGUGUUUGUCCCUCUGCUAUUGUGGAUAUUGUUUGCUCUGAUAUUGAUUAA